GGGAUAAUGGGCCAAUUCGGAGUACAAUGUAUUUCUGCUCCCUGGAUUGGGAUACGUUUUCCGAGCCAUAUCUCGCGCCGGCUCCGUGGUGUUUUAAUCUAGAACAGGAAGACUGUCCGACCAGCUGUAAACAAGCGAGUCAGAUCUGCUGGCUACACCUGAAAAUAAUGCAAAGAAGUUCAGAGAUUUUUUUCGUGUAAAUGUUUUCUAAUUUAAACAAACAUUUUUCAAAUUCUUCAGAUUUUUCGUUAACACAAACCUAACCUUUAAAAAGAAUAUAUAUAUUUUUUGGUCUCGGUAGGCUGUUGGUGUCCAUGGUUACUGAAAAGUUUUGUUUACAUGUCAUUUUGGAGGAGGUAGACUUGACGGGCGGGCGGUGUGAAAAGCAACACACACGGCUAAACUAGCUAACAUCGUAUGCAGAGGAGAAUAUUAGCCAACAUUGGCCAGAUAUAUCCCCCAACCAGCUUCCCUGGUGAGCAGCAGCACACAUCCCUGAGAGGAGUUCAGACGUCACAUGACGUCAGACCAGGAGUCGGCCGUCCCAGCUGAGCCUCCGGUGCUGCGGGAGACGUGGUCACACCACCUCGGUCUGGAGCGUCAACACCUGGAAUCCACCCCGGUCUCUGAGCUGAACCCAAACGCUCAAGUAUGGGCCAAUCACACGCUUAGCUUGGACCCCUCAGGCCUAGUCUACACUGACGCCCUCCAAUCAUGGCUGGCGGUGACCAGUCACCUUGACAACCAGGAAGGGUAUGAGCAGGGAUAUGACCUGGAGGAAGUGGGCGAGGCUCAGCUGGAACCGGGCGGUGUAGAAUUUCCGGUGGUCACCAUGGGAAACCCGUCAGCCAAUGGCCUGGUCCAGGACAGCUGUGUCUCAGAGGAGCUCAUGGCGCAGCUGAAGACCUCACUGGAGUCCUGUCUGUCACGGGAGAACCUGGCCAAUGACCUCUACCUCGUCUCCCAGAUGGACAGUGACCAGUACGUUCCCAUAGCAACGCUUGCCAACAUCGACCACAUCAAGAAGCUCAGCACGGACUUGGAGCUCAUCUCUGACGUCCUCAAGUCAUUGCCACUGGUGGAGGUGGCAGAAUGUGGACAGAAGGUACGGCCACAUCAGGGUCGCUGUAUCGUCAUCCUCCGAGAGGUCCCAGAGACCACACCCCCAGAGGAGGUAAAGGCUCUGUUUGCAUGUGAGAGACUCCCCAGGAUCCAGAGCUGUGAGUUUGCCCAGAACGACAACUGGUUCAUCACCUUCCACAGUGAGGCUGACGCUCAACAGGCGUUCCAGUACCUAAGAGAGGAGGUAAGGAUGUUCCAGGGGAAACCCAUCAAGGCGCGAAUCAAGGCCAAAGUGAUGGCAGUCACAUCUUACGCGCCAAAGAAUGGCUACAGGCCCUGCCCAAUGGAGCCCUGCACCAAUCAGCAGCCUUACAGCCCAUUCUACGCCCAGCCCACUUUCCAGCAGCCCCUCCCACAGCUCUACACAAUGACCAAUCAGAGCUUGGCUGCCAUGGCCGGAUACACAGACCCUGUCAUGAUGGCGUCAUUCUCUGGCUUCAUGGAUGGCUUCCCAGGAUUCCCCAGCUUCAAGCUAUCCCCCUCACACAGACACAGCAGGGGGCAGCGAGACCAGAGGCGGUGGUCUGGCGACAGGGGGCCGGGCCUUCUGGAUGAUCCUCCCUUCUUCCCGGAGGGUGGACCAAUAGGAUGCGUCCCUGGCCCCCCCAGGCAGGGUCGGCCACGGUUACCAGGCAACAGGCGUAGGGAUGGAGAAGGGGGUCGACGUGGAGGGAGAGGGGGGUCAGGGUCCUCCCCCAGCACUGACAGAGGAAGGAGAGGUCCCAUUGGUCAGAGGAGAAGAAGAGAUGACAAGUACUCUAGAGGGCCCCCCCAGUCGCCCCCCCGCUCCUUGUCUCCCAGUCUGGAACUCGACCCCAAUAGCUUCCCCCCACUUCCCCUGGCUACAGCUUCUACAGCAACAGUUACCACAGCAACCAACAUCCACAAGGCAACCAGCAACCACAAGAGUCCAGUUAGAGGCAGCAGUACCAGCGAACCAACCACUGUGACUUCACAAGACCUCCAGCCUAUCACAGCAUUGCCUCAGAAAACCCUCCCCCUAGAGAAGCUAAAGGAAACUGUAGCGUCUCCCAAGAGAACCACAGCAGCCCGUCCGACCGCGAAAGAACCGCUUCAGACCACGAAGGGGAACAGACCAGCAGCGUGCAGAAGAAGGAGAAGAGACUAUUGAGAUGCAGUCAUCUGUCUACCAGAGAAGUUGUGUAUGCUGGGUACUGACCGGUCCUGUGUUGUGAAUGGUUAGGAGUCCAAGAAGCCAAGCUACGCUGAGAUCUGCCAGCGGAUACAAGCUAAUCAGAUGCUCACCGCAAAGGCUACUGACCACACCCCCUUGGGGACGGAGCUUGUCCCAGCCUAUCCUGCGCAGGCGCCUGACCCGGCCCAGUUAUCACGGUGACCAGAGUGAGAUAGUUACUUUGGGUUGGGGAGAGAAGGGGAAGAAGUUCUUCAAGCCAAAGAAAAAAAUAGAAAAGUUGUAGCAUUGUUGUUUCUCUCUGCUGUCUGUCCGUCUGACUUGACGGACCUUUCUGACUUUCUGAAAUCUUUAUGUUUUGAUAUUGAUUGAUUUCUUUUGAUUAAUAUUGAUCAGUAUUUAGAGGAUUGGACAUCAGAUUGCUGUAUUAAUUCUAGUCUAAAUAACUUCAUCGUAACAUUUAGAGUAACUACGAACAGCCAGACACUGAGUGACAAGAGACUAAAGCACUGAUGUCAUAUAACAUUUUGUUUCUGCAUGAGUUUUAGAUGUCAUUUAUUUUAUGUUAGAUGGAAUUCCUUUUGUGUUGACUGGGGGAGGGGGAGUCUCUUACAGUCAGGCGUUAAGAAGAGGAACAACUCUGGUUGAUAUUGAUAAGUUUACAUACAGAUGCAACAUUGUUAGAGUUACUUGAGUUAACAACUUGAUUUGGAAUCAGGGGUGGUGGGAGGUAAAUCGUUUUCUGUUCAGAUUUCCUGUGUUUGAGAGAGAUUAAGUUUGUAAAUGUGGGUAUUAGAUACAGAAUUGAGGCAUGAUUUAAAAAGGUGAAUGUUUUUUUUUCUGUACAGAUGUAAAUAAUUUGACUGUUAUUAAACAAUUGCCUUAAUAAUAAACAGUAAACAUAUA